AAAUAUUACGUAAGAGGAUCUUAUAUUUGCCAUGCAAUUCAUCGCGAACGCAUUAAUACCUAUGGUGAAAUUGCACAAUCAACGGGUACGAAUCGAAAGAAGAAAAUGGAAACAAAUCCUAUUAUCGCACAAGCGAUUAACGAUAAUGAUAAAAUUAUACUUUAAUUAUUUACUCCGAGGUAAGGCAAAGUUAUCAUGGUAACAAUAAAAUUUUUCUUUCGUGUAUGUCAUUGUCCUAGUUCAUUCAAAAAUCAUUAGGUAAUGUAGACGACAAAAUUUUAUUUUUUAUCAUGCAGCGUUGGUGUCGGAGAAUUUUCGCAAAAGUGCAUUAAAAGCGUGAUUCUACCUAGGGGUACCCACGCGUCUGUACCAAAAGGGUACGUUACCUUUACGUUUUGAAGUUUCAAUCAUUUCUCUUGUGUAAAGGCGUACGUCGCAAAAAUGGGCGAACUUUUUCUUUUAAAAUUCAAUUGGGUGUUUCCAGCGAUUCGCAAGCGUGCAGCGAAUCGAAAAGAGGGGUGUUGUAUUUUUGUCUUGAUUAUUUUUUCUAGCUCAAACAAGACCGGCAGCAACAUCCUACUGGGUCGUAAGCACUUUCCUAUGCGCUGCGCACAUUAAUAUAGCAGCUUUCGUUAUUAAAGUCUAUUAGAAACUCCAGCGGCCUUCGAGUCGAUAGAGAGAUUGCUUCUUCUGUGUCUAUAAAUUUAUACGAACCGCUGGUAGAUUUUUAAAUAAUCUGGUGUAUCUGAUCCACAGUUUUCUGUAAUUUAUUUUCAUUUUCUCGUCCUUUUUUGCUCUUUUUUUCAAAUUCAAUGAGAGAUGGUUUGAGAAGGCUUUUGGUAGCGACGAAUAAAGUCCCGUACAAGCCGAAGGCAGCGAGAUUAUUGCACGUACACACGUUACUCUUCGGAAUCGUUUGAAGCCCGCAAGAGCCCUUUCUCGACCUCUUUUAUUAAUCUUGAAUCGUUCCGACGAGAACCGAACUGAAUUACCAGUCAAUGACAAGCUAAUCUACUUCACGGCCUCUCUAUGAUAAAUAAUAUACGAUGUAUUGGCACAGUUAUUUAGCACCAAAACAUUAACCGCCCCUUCGAAUUUAAUCGUUGAAAGACAAGUAAUAUGCGUGUAGCAGACCAAUUUUUCAUUUCACCAUAAUUUUUAUACCUUAUCGCUUGAUACCUUGUCAAUUGGCGUUUGUAUAACCGUGCAGUAAAUUAUAUCUGUAAUACCUGAGGGGCUAACAAAUGCGACAAACUCCUACAGCCCCGCGUUUUCCUCAGUAGUUUUCAUCUUUUACUCCGCUGCAUUUUUCCCUAAUUCACGUCGAACCGUCGAACUCAAAACUCGAAAACUACGACGAAUAGUUUCGAUCGAUUGCCCUGAUAUCUAUGCUAAAACAAUGUGCAUUGCAUACGGGGAUAGGUGAGCAGAACUUAUGAGCCAUUGGAAUUCGGGUUACCGAUUCCCAAUUUAGCAGAGAUUAACAUAGUUAAAGAUGACGAUAGAUGUAUUUUUUUUUCAUCCGCAUGAGAUUCGUGCGUACAGGAUAACAGAAAAAUUGGGGAUGCCGCAGGCGAAACAAGUAAACGGAUAACGCUCUAGGUUUGUGUCGCGUAUACACAAUAUGUACGUAUAGAUUAAUAAUAAUACGUAAACAAUUGGAAGUGGACGUCGUCUCGACGACUUGCGCAAAGUAAAAUUCACGUCCCGUAAGUAGACGGCGAGUUGGGUUUUAUAAAUAUACGCGCGGUUCGACGUAUUUCAGCGUGGUGAGGCGGCAGCCAUUCGCAGAGCCUCUGAACCAAAAAUAAUCAGAUCUCAAAGCUGCAACCGUAGACCCAGCAAGUCGCGAUAAAACUUUCAAAGAUAAUAGCAAAAAUAUGACCCCUCAUCGCUAUUUUCCGGGCACUGCGACACUCUAGCGGUGGUACCGGGUGAUUUUGAUUUUGUAAUCGGCAAAAUCAGCGCAGGUAGUUGAAUGCGUUAACCACGCGAUAAAUACGGGCAAGUUUUUCCAAACUUCGUAAGUGCGUUAAGUUAUGUCAUACCACGAGGGUCUCGCCGGUAGAUUCUUGAUUUUCAUAAUUCUACUUGUGGUCGGUGACAUCGUCGCUCGAGAUGCCCAAACCGUUGACAAAUGGGCGGAAAGAAUCGGUUCGGAUAUCUUGGAUUUAGCUAAUGCGGUGGCUCGACCGGAGGAAAUAAGACAAAAAUAUAAAGAGCUGAAUGCCCGAGUGGAGGACAAAUCUGGGAAGGAACUCAUCGAUAUAAUCAGUGAGAGCGUGGGACGGAUGCUGCGACGAAAAAUGGACGCGGUUCGUUGCAUUUUGAAGGUGGCAGAAGAAGUGUCCGAGUCUUUCGAUAGUUCGCAGCUUGAGAAUCUCACCCUGAUCGUGACCAAUGAGACCGCGUUGGAUCUCAACCUUACCUACGUCUCGGGAAAGUACAGCCCAGUUGUCGGUGAAAUGAAGCCUCAUUUACCGAAAUCAAUUAAGAACAAUUCAUUCCUGUACAGCGAAAUGGAGCUCACCCCGGACUCCCACUUCUACAACAUCCCGGUGAACACGGAUUAUUCCGCGGUCCAUGUGCCGACGAAUAUUUACGACCUUACACCAAAAGUCAACGAAGCUAUCCAGUGGUCUAAAUCCCUGAACAAAGUAUUCUGGCAAAAUUAUAGAUCCGAUCCAGCCCUAUCCUGGCAGUAUUUUGGUUCGAGUACCGGAAUUCUCCGAUAUUAUCCCGCCAUGCAAUGGCUGGGCGAAGAAUCGAAGGCGGACCUCUACGAUUGCAGAAUGCGCAGUUGGUAUAUCGAGUCAGCUACGUGUAGCAAGGACAUGGUAAUCCUUCUGGAUAUCAGCGGAAGUAUGCAGGGCAUGACGUAUACAAUUGCGAAGGCAACAGCGGGAGAGAUUCUGGACACGCUAUCCAACAAUGACUUUGUCACUAUUCUCGCUUUCAAUGACGAAGUGAAGGACGUAGUCCCGUGUUUCAAGGACAUGCUUGUUCAGGCAACCCCCGAGAAUAUCGAAAUAUUCAAACGAGGAAUGGCGGAGAUGAAACUAGCGGAGACAUCCAACUUGACGCUGGCUUUCGAUCGUGCCUUUGGUCUUCUCGAAGGGUAUCGUGCCUCCAAGGGAUGUGGACCAACCACACCUUGUACUCAGGCUAUCAUGCUCGUGACGGACGGAGUGCCUGGAAAUUUGACCGAGGUUUUCGAAGCUUGGAACUGGCUCGCGAACGGCACUCACAUACCGGUACGAAUUUUCACUUAUCUCCUCGGACGGGAAGUAACAAAAGUCCGCGAGAUUCAAUGGAUGGCUUGCCUAAAUAGGGGGUAUUACUCCCACGUUCAUACGUUAUCCGAAGUUCGUCAAGAGGUCUUGAAAUAUAUCCAGGUUAUCGCGAGACCCCUUGUACUUCAGGAAAAACGACAUCCGUUGAUUUGGACUCACGCUUACACGGACAUAUCGCUCGGAAAAGAAGAGGACAUUCGUGCGGAUCCUUCGUACCUAAAUACGACGAGGUACCAGGAAUACAGACUGCUGACGUCCGUCAGCAUUCCGGCAUACGAUCGAAAGUAUAAUCGCAACAAUCUAACAAAAAUCGCCAACCUGUUAGGGGUCGCCGGCACUGAUGUUCCACUCGACGAAAUAAACAGGCUCACUCUCCCCUACAAACUAGGGGUAAACGGAUAUGCCUUCAUCGUUUCUAACAAUGGAUACGUUAUUCUUCAUCCAGAUCUCAGACCUGCCUUCAAAGGAGAACUGAAACGAAAUUACAACAGCAUUGAUCUAACGGAAGUUGAGAUCAUCGACGACAAUCGUUGGCCAAGAAAUCCCGGGCAAACUGUGUUGAAUUUGAGAGCCGCCCUGGUCAAUCAUUUGUCGGGGAAUAUGACGGGUAUUCCAGUGAAGAUUCACUAUGACGAUUACAGAAGAGUGACCGUGGAAAAACGCGACUACUUUUAUGCACCGCUACCUGAAACACCUUUCGGUCUUGCCAUAGCGCUGCCUGACUACGGCACCACGUGGAUUAAGGUUGGCGACGAGAUAAUGAGAAACCAGCACAUGGGAGUGAAAAUCAUCGACUUAUUCGCCGGUGAUCGUUGGCGCGUUCAUCCGACUUGGGUCUACUGCCGUUUUCAUUAUCUCGAAGGUCACGAGUUUAAUUCUCCGGAAGAGGAAAUGAGACACUUUCUCGCAGCUCUUGAUGAACCGGGUUGGUAUUGGGCGGAACAAUAUGCGGAAACGGGUGACAAAUCGGCUGAAAAAGACUGGGACCCGGAAACAGAGGAAGAAAGGCAGCCAGAUUGCGGUAGAAAAACUCUGGACGAUGAUGCUCACUAUUGCAACAAAGAACUGAUGCAGCUUCUAGUAUUCGAUGCCCGAGUAACAAACAGCAGCUUCAUCGAGGAUUUUAAAUACGCGGAUGCCGAACAACAAGCUUUAGGUGAUGCUUACGGGGUUUUCCUGAGAUUUGUAGCUACUCAGAGCGGGCUGACGCGGUGGCAGAACCUUCGGGAACGUCCUGGAACCCGGAAACCAUCUUCAGAUGAUGCAGACGACGAAGAAGAAAAACCUCUGGAGUUUGGGGACAUUCACGCCAGAGCCAUUAACGAGCCCUGGUAUAAAGGGGCCAUUUUUCAACACAACGUUGACCCUGGAAGCAUUUCACUAACAGCUCCAACUGGGGCGGGGAUUGACGCGAUCGUCACGGUUGCUCAGGGAAUAUUCCCUAAAGAUGGAGGUAAAGAAGCACCUGCAGCCGUAGUGGGUUUCCAAAUGCCCAUGAAAACAUUUUAUCAGAGAUUCAUCGACGUCACUUCGAAUCACACGGACUCGGAUCUGACCUGCGCCAAAGAGUGGAUCGACUGCUACCUAGUCGAUCAAAACGGCUACAUCGUAAUAUCAGAUUCCCAUAACGACUCGGGAAAAUUUUUGGGAGUUAUCGAAGGCGCUAUAAUGGGAUCCAUGGUACAUCAGGGCUUAUAUAGACGCGUUGAAAUAUACGAUUACCAAGCAUUGUGCUGGACUACGUCCAUUAUCGGCGCGGCGGGGUUUCUCGAUACUCCCCUGCGUCACCUGGGGCGUAUCCUGGCGUGGUUUUUAGCACGCCUGAUAUGGUUGACCUCGCAGUUCAUUGACCUCCCUGAAACCUGGGCAAGACAGGAUCCCAGCAUCGAUGCACCCGAUCCAUCGCCGCCACCCAAAGAGAUCAUCCUUCAUUACACCUGCGACCAAAUUCGAAUGCUCUACAUACUUGAACAGGAAGUAGCUGACGCUGGUAUCACCAACACCACGGCGCAUCCCUCACGACCCUUCUGGGCUGAAAAGGUUCCUCGUACCAAUUUAGUCCUGGUGGUAAUCGACACGUUGCACUCGAGUCCUUACGAGCGGCUGGAAGUAGACCCCGAAGAAUUAACGCCUAGAUUUUACACCAACGGUACACAGGAUGCUCCUUGCCACAAACUGGAUCUGAAUCGCCUCGAGAGACGUGGCCUCGAGGGCUGCUAUACCGAUCAUCCUUUGGAGAAUGAAAUCACCGCGUGUGGCAGAGGGUCCCGAACUUUACACGAAGCUCCGCAAUUCACGACUAUUAUUUUAGGCUUUACGAUAUUUUUCACAGUUUUCUAUUAAUAAACGCUGCAUUUAUCUUUCAA